UGCAGCCUGCAUUAGAAGUACAUCAAUAUCAUCAACAUGAAGACACUGCUUCUGUCCCUGCUGGUGGUUGUGGCUGUGGCUGAGAGACCGUCCCUCUCCUACAACGCCCCUGCACCCCACGCAUCCUCGCCCGUUCAGCAGAUCCCCAUCAUCCGCGACGAGCGAGUCCAUCCUGCCGCUGACGGCACUUACAGCUUUGACGUUGAGACUGGGGAUGGCAUCGUCAGGAGCGAGUCUGGCGGUCCAGGUGGCGCUCAACAGGGAACCGUUAGCUUCACCUUCCCAGAUGGUCAAGUCUUCAAUCUCCAAUUCGUCGCUGAUGUUAACGGCUACCAACCUCAGUCGCCAUUCCUACCCGUCGCCCCUGCAUUCCCCCACCCGAUCCCUGCCCACGCCCUCGAGCAGAUCGAGCGUGGUCGACUUGAACUCGAGGCUCGCGCCCGCGAAGAACAACGUCAGUCAUCAAGCCAGGGACAAGCCAAUCCUUCUCGCCUCUACGGUCAACCUCAGUAAAGCGUUUUCCCACUGAACUUCGACAACAAUAUGCUCUUGUUACCCUGUUAUUUCAUUUCUAUUUCUUUUUUCUUUUUUUCUUUUUUUGUCUUUAUCUCCCCACUAUGUGAAUGUAUUUCGUUAUGCACUGUGUUAUAUCUAUUUAUAAAUAAAUAUAAAUCAAGAUUUC